AUGGCUUUAAACAUUAACUCUCAUAUGGAGGAAAUGUCUAAACGCCUGUCAGCCAUCUCCGCAGUCAAAACACUUGCGGAACUUAGACGUUGCCUCCCAGGCAAUUAUGCUCAGGUCCUAUGGACUGAGCUCACCGGACUCCACUCUAUUGUGGGGAAAGUCCAUGGUGUUCAGAGAACCCUCGAUGGGCUGAACCACCACAAGGCAAACGGUUCCUGGCCUGCUUCUUUGGCCAGCUACCGUCCUCCGGCUAUUCCGCUUACAGCAGAAUUUGCUGUGGAUGCAGCGUGUAAAACCCUCAUAGCAGCGGGUGAUAAAACCUUCUCAGACUGGCGCCUUAGUGCGUUAGAAGGUUUUAUCAACACGAAAUCGAUCGAACUUGCGUUCCUUCAUAACUGCAUCAGUGCUGAAGUGUAUCUCCCUCGUAUUGCCGGCUGUCUUGACAAUCGUCGAGCAGUCGUUGCUCUCACAGGACAAGAGAUUUAUGAGAAUCCUAAAUGGGUUGCACCCGGACAAGGGGAAGACCAAAUCAUGGAUGAUCACGGAAGACCCGUCCCUCAAUACUUGAAACGGGAACUCCCCUUCAUCACAUCAGAGUUUGAUCGUCUUAAAGACGACAUACCUACGAUAUGUGCUAGAGCAAUUCAAAUCGCGCGAAAUGAUUGUGAAGCUAAGGACUUUCGUAAAGAAAAGGCUGUUAAGUUGCGAGACGACGAAAACGACGGUGGUGGCAACCCCGAAGUUGAAAGCAAAGCGGUCGCAGACCGUGCUUAUCGUGAAGUCAUGCGUAGGAUGAAAAAGAUGAAUGUCAAUUCUUCGAAAGGAUCCAACUCGAAAGGGAAGAAACCUUCCCAACGUCCCAAAAAGCCCAAGAAGAACAAUGGUUCUUCAGGGAAUGGGCAAAGGACGAAGAAGAAGCACGCCGCGAAGAACGCGGCGAAGAAAUCCUCGAAGCCAAAGAAGGCUGGCAAAGGAAAACCCAAUGGAAACUCAUCUUCAAAGGGCCCAAAGAAGGGAAAGCCCUCCUCGAAGAAGUCGGGAAAGCAACCGCAAAAGUAG